GGAGCACAAACUUCGUUACAGCUAACAACAAUGUCGUCAUCCAACAAUCUUGCAGUGCUAAAUGCACUCGAUUCCGCCCGGACACAAUGGUACCACGUCACCGCCAUCGUGAUCGCCGGAAUGGGCUUCUUCACCGACGCCUACGAUCUCUUCUGCAUCUCCACCGUCUCGAAGCUUCUAGGCCGGAUAUAUUUCUACAGGGGCAGCGGCCCGGGGAAACUGACUCAUUUCGCGAACAAUAUUGUCAUCGGAGUGGCUCUCGUCGGCACACUUUCCGGCCAGUUAGUCUUCGGCUGGCUGGGCGAUAAGCUCGGCCGGAAAAAAGUCUACGGAAUCACACUUAUCCUCAUGGUUAUCUGCGCCAUUUUUUCCGGCCUUUCAUUAGGCUCCAGCCCCACCGCUGUGAUCGGCACGCUCUGUUUUUUCCGAUUCUGGCUCGGAUUCGGGAUCGGCGGCGACUAUCCACUCUCCGCCACGAUUAUGUCGGAAUACGCCAACAAAAAGACGCGUGGAGCGUUUAUCGCGGCGGUUUUCGCGAUGCAGGGCGUCGGAAUCAUCUUCGCCGGCCUUGUCUCCAUGAUAAUUUCCAGGAUUUUCCUCCAUUUUUACGGCGGCCCGCCGCCGAAAAUCGACGGCGUGUUUGCGACGGAGCCGGAGGCGGAUUACGUGUGGAGAAUCGUGCUGAUGAUGGGGGCGCUGCCGGCGGUGCUGACGUAUUACUGGCGGAUGAAGAUGCCGGAGACGGGGCGGUACACGGCGAUUAUACAGGGGAAUGCUAAGCAGGCGGCUAUAGAUAUGGGGAAAGUUAUGGACAUUGAAAUCCAAGCGGAUAAUGAUAAGUUGUCGCAGUUUAAGGCGGCUAAUAGCUAUAAACUAUUUUCCGAUGAGUUUUGGCAGCGCCACGGGCUUCACUUGGUCGGAACUAUGAGCACGUGGUUCUUACUGGAUAUUGCUUUCUACAGCCAAAAUCUCACCCAAAAAGAUAUCUUUCCGGUGAUGCACCUAACGGAACCGGCCAAAGAAGUCAGCGCGUUGAAGGAAAUGUUCCAGGUUUCACGGGCCAUGUUCGUGAUUGCCCUAUUUGGGACGUUCCCGGGCUACUGGUUCACCGUCUUCUUCAUCGAGAAAAUCGGGAGGUGGAACAUCCAGGUCGUCGGAUUCUUCAUGAUGUCGUUGUUCAUGGCGAUCAUCGGAGUCAAGUACGAUUACCUGAAGGAGUCGGAGAAUAGAUGGACGUUCGCGACGCUUUACGGGCUGACGUUUUUCUUCGCGAAUUUCGGCCCGAACAGCACGACGUUUGUUCUCCCGGCGGAGCUCUUCCCGACGAGGGUGAGGUCCACGUGCCACGCGCUCAGCGCCGCCGCGGGGAAGGCGGGGGCGAUGGUGAGCGCGUUCGGGGUGCAGUACUACACGCAGGACGGCGACUCGACGAAGAUAAAAAAAGCUAUGCUUUUGUUGGCUUUUACUAACAUGCUGGGAUUCGGUUGCAGUUUCUUGCUGACGGAGACGAAGGGGAGGUCGCUGGAGGAAAUUUCCGGCGAGGAUGGCGGCGGAGCGACGGAGACGCCGGCGACGGAUAGAACAACGCCGCCGCCGCCGCCGCCAGGUCACAGGGAAGGAGAUUGGGAGUGAUUUUGGUAGAUUAGAAAGUGUAUCGGUUUGAACGUAAUAAGCGGGUGCACUUGAUGUGUUGUAUGUAUGUAUGUGUGUGUCAGCAUCCUUAUGAAUAAUAUGUGGAGUUGUAAUGAACAUCUACAUUUUGAAGGAGAAUUUUUCUUUUAUUCCCUUUA